AGAGGGCCGGGUAAUGACAGAAGGAAGUGACGCUCUCCGAGCUCGGGGCGGAAGUUUCCCGCCCCAACCGUCAGAGUUGGGUUUGACCACAGCAAGUGAGGUUCCUACCCCGGCGCCACUUGUCCGCGGCUCCUCCUCCUGUCGCUCCUGUCAGCGAGAUUCCUGGGACUCAGAUGGACCACACAUCCCCGACCUACAUGCUUGCUAACUUAACCCACUUACAUUCUGAACAACUUCUGCAGGGCUUGAAUCUUCUUCGUCAGCAUCACGAACUCUGUGACAUCAUUCUUCGAGUAGGUGAUGUUAAAAUUCAUGCUCACAAAGUGGUGCUUGCCAGCAUCAGUCCAUAUUUCAAAGCUAUGUUCACUGGAAACCUUUCCGAAAAAGAGAAUAGUGAAGUGGAGUUCCAGUGCAUUGAUGAAACUGCUCUGCAGGCCAUUGUGGAGUAUGCCUAUACGGGGACUGUUUUUAUUUCUCAGGAUACAGUUGAAUCUCUCCUUCCAGCAGCAAAUCUACUCCAGAUAAAACUUGUUCUGAAAGAAUGUUGUGCGUUUCUUGAAAGCCAGCUUGAUCCUGGUAAUUGUAUUGGAAUUUCUCGUUUUGCAGAAACAUAUGGCUGUCAUGACCUUUAUUUGGCAGCCACUAAGUACAUAUGCCAGAAUUUUGAAGCUGUUUGCCAGACUGAAGAGUUUUUUGAACUUACACAUGCUGAUUUGGAUGAAAUUGUCUCCAACGACUGCUUGAAUGUAGCUACCGAAGAGACUGUUUUUUAUGCAUUGGAGUCUUGGAUCAAGUAUGAUGUACAAGAGCGCCAGAAAUACUUAGCACAGCUACUGAACAGCGUACGAUUACCUUUACUGAGUGUUAAGUUUCUCACUAGACUCUAUGAAGCAAAUCAUCUGAUUCGUGAUGACCGCACUUGUAAGCAUCUUUUGAAUGAAGCCCUAAAGUACCAUUUUAUGCCGGAACAUAGACUGUCUCAUCAGACAGUCUUGAUGGCGCGACCUCGCUGUGCUCCCAAAGUGCUUUGUGCAGUAGGUGGAAAAUCCGGACUUUUUGCCUGUUUGGAUAGUGUGGAGAUGUACUUUCCUCAGAAUGACUCUUGGAUUGGCUUGGCACCACUAAACAUCCCUCGCUAUGAAUUUGGAAUAUGUGUUUUAGACCAAAAAGUAUAUGUUAUAGGUGGUAUUGAAACUAAUGUGCGUCCUGGAUUCACUAUCAGAAAGCAUGAAAAUUCAGUAGAAUGCUGGAAUCCUGAUACAAAUACCUGGACUUCUCUAGAGAGAAUGAAUGAAAGCAGAAGUACCCUUGGAGUCGCAGUACUUGCAGGAGAACUGUAUGCGUUAGGUGGUUAUGAUGGACAGUCUUAUUUACAAUCUGUAGAGAAGUAUAUCCCCAAAAUAAGACAGUGGCAACCUGUGGCACCAAUGACUACAACAAGAAGUUGCUUUGCUGCAGCUGUCUUAGAUGGAAUGAUAUAUGCCAUUGGUGGGUAUGGUCCUGCACACAUGAACAGUGUGGAGCGUUACGAUCCGAGUAAGGACUGCUGGGAGAUGGUUGCAUCCAUGGCAGAUAAAAGGAUUCACUUUGGUGUGGGUGUCAUGCUAGGCUUUAUUUUUGUAGUAGGUGGACAUAAUGGUGUCUCACAUUUGUCAAGCAUUGAACGAUAUGACCCUCACCAAAAUCAGUGGACUGUGUGCAGACCAAUGCAAGAACCCAGAACAGGAGUGGGUGCUGCAGUAAUUGAUAACUACCUUUAUGUCGUCGGAGGUCACUCAGGAUCUUCCUAUCUGAAUACAGUGCAGAAGUAUGACCCUGUCUCAGACACAUGGCUGGAUUCGGCUGGCAUGAUAUACUGUCGCUGCAACUUUGGAUUAACUGCACUUUGACACGUGUGACUACUCAGAAAUCAUGUGAAGGUGAAACUUGCGCCGCAUGAAAGGAUGCCCAGCUUUCUGAAACCCAAAAGCUGCAUCGCUGUCUUUUUAACUUGAAGUGGCAUGAAGACUCAAAAGCUCUUUUGGGUACUUUCAAUUCACAAGUAGUUACGGUUGCUCUUGAUUACAUAGUAAAACAAUAAUCAAAAAGGAAAA